GACGGGCGGAUGCGUCGCACGACGUCGGUGAUGCCGCCGUCGACACGAGCCCCGCACGCGCACCGCUGGCUCUCCACAGACCUGGCCGAGGGUGAACGGGCCGUUUCGCUGUAAUGGGCCACGCCGACGGGGCGCGAGGGUGACACGGCUGAGUCCGGAUUGCGGGACAGGUGGAGGCUGAGCACUUGCUCCCUUGGCACAUCGGCCGUGCCGCCUGGGACACUGCAAGAUAACGUUGCGCCGGGGAACGCACAGGAUCGCUCGUGCUCUCGAAGUGGAAGCUGCGGUGUCUCGUACGUUGCUCGCCGUCGCUCUGGAAUGACGUGUGUGAAUACCGCGCGGGACUUACCCGCAGAUACAAGGUUGUCCUCCGCGCGGCUGAGUUGGACAAUCGCGUGCGGCGUCUGACCGAGACCCCGUUUCUUGUUUCCGGAGGAUGACGUACGAUAUAUCGAACGGUCUUUCGAAAAAGCAAUCUAACGCACGAGUGAGAGUUGUUGGAGCGUCCGCUGCGCAUUUUUGAAGGAUUGGUACCAGUUGAGAGACGUUGCUCAGCGAAUGUCACUGUUGCAGACCUAGUUAUGGAGGAUAGCAUGAGCGUAAAGUCGAUGGAAUCAGUGGCGACAAGCGACGAAUAUGAAUUUGUGAACGAAAAGGGUACUAGCAAGCAGCAGCAAGCCCUCUUGGAGCCACCCAUGCUAAAGAUCGCCAACAACGGCAAUCUGGAGGAUCUGCAGAACAAUCUCCGCGAGAUUUUGACGGAGGACUCGAAAAUGGAGGGGAGCGAGUUCAAAGUGAUGGGCGCUAGCCAGCAGAGCCAGGAGAAGACGAAAAAAGUCGGCCAUAGUAAGUUUUACGAUGUCAGCUCAUGCGUCGUCGCGUCGGAGAAGCAGGACGUUAUGAAGCCCGAGGAUUAUCUCGAGGAGGAAUUGAACGCGCUGUCGCACGUCCAGCAGGAAUGCACCAUCUUCAACGGCGUCACCUAUCUGGGAGCAGCUGCCAUAAAUGCGCCAAAGUCGGAAUGCGAGAUCCAACGUAACAUGAAUAUAUUAAACGCAGAGCAAUCCCUGAAUUUAGGAAUAAAGAUUUCCGUCUCGGUGCCGAGUAGCUCGCAAGGUUCGGUUGUCCUGUACGAUGCCGCGACGCAACAAGCCAUUGCGCGUUACGAGGUGCAACGUAUUUUGUUUUACGCACGCGGCGAGAGCACUGGUGCGUGCGCAGCGUGCUUCGCUUUCACGUGGUCGCACGGUGAUACCUUGGAGUCCGCCAUUUACCAGUGUCACGUUUUCCGCUGCGAUAUACCAGAAGCGGUCGGACAAGUGUCAGCCUGCUUUUCGAAAGCAUUCCACAGAAUACCGCGUUCAAUGACGAGUUCUUUAACGGGCAGUGACUUUAACGGUUUCAACGCCGGUGAAAAAGUUAAUUCUAGAGUGUUUAUCUUUGAAGUCACCAUGGAAAUCAAGGAAGAGGACGGGAAAGGCGGUUUCAGUACGGUCCCCAAGGAUAGAAAUUGUUUCAAAUUACGAAGCAACGUGGCGAAACAAGUUUGCUUGAGCAUCCAGCAAGUGUCCAGUAAAGAAGGCGGAAUUACGCUCGAGGUCGAGAGAUGUUUCGGAGUUCUCGUUAGCCCCGGGCGAAAUGUUAAGCACAGUGAUAUGCGGCUACUCGAGAUGGUAAAGAGAGAUUCACACCAGCCAGUUAAUUUUAUGUCUAUUAUCAGCUCAGAUGUUCGCAAUAUUACAACAAUGUUGCAGCAAGUUAAUACUGGACCAAUAAUGCAAGAUAAACAGUGCUAUAAUAUUUGUGGACGCUGGGAUCCCGCGGAUCCCGCCUUGGAAACUCUCAAUAUAGAGACACCUAGAGAGGGCAAAAUUUUCAUGACCGUUGCCGUCGAUCUCGUUAUCAGAGAUAUCCGAGAGCCAGUGAGAUUUGUGAUAGAAACCUCGGUUAAAGUGUUUCCGCAAAACGAGAGAUUUUGGUAUUUUAAUAAAAGGAAUCUCGUGCAACAAUUUUAUCUUAAUUCUAAAGAGGUAAUUUCUGGGGAUGGUACAGAGGUACAUUAUGAAGUACAAAGCAUAGAAACAUCUGGCGAAUUAGAUAGAAACAGGUUAAAUCUCGCUCUGAAUCUGGCAUCUUUAAUUAGAUCGCCUUCUUUAACUAGUAUCGACACGCUUACACCUAAGGAAGAAAUAGAUUCAGACGGGGAUGAACCUAUGUUAAGUGGUACAGGCGAGGUCUCGAAGGAUUGCUCAGCGGAUGAAUUGGCCAGCUGGGCUGAAGUUCUUGACAGCUGGCAAGUUAACGAGCAACGUCCGAAACUACUUAUAAAACUGACGAAACAAGGAAUACCCGAAGCUUUACGCGGCGAAGUUUGGCAACGUCUGAGCAAUUGCGACAAUUCGCAGGAGAUGAUGGACAAAUACAGAAUGUUAAUCACGAAGGAGAGUAGCUGCGAGAGCGUAAUUUUAAGGGAUAUUAAUAGAACAUUUCCAGCCCAUGACUUCUUUAAAGAAACGGGUGGUUUAGGGCAAGACUCUUUAUACAGAAUAAGUAAAGCAUAUGCUGUUCACGAUGAAGAGGUUGGAUACUGUCAGGGCCUCAGUUUCUUAGUUGCUAGUCUGUUACUGCACAUGCCCGAGGAGCAAGCAUUCUGUGUUCUGGUCAAAUUAAUGUACGACUAUGGUCUUCGAGAUUUAUACAAGGAUAGAUUUGACAACCUUUACAUGCGAUUUUAUCAAUUAAAUCGUUUAAUAGAAGAUCAAUUGCCGGAACUUUAUAAGCAUUUCUGUGAUCGCGGUGUAGAAACGCACAUGUUCGCCGCACAAUGGUUUCUAACUCUAUUUACUGCUAGAUUUCCAUUAUAUCUUGUCUUUCAUAUCUUGGAUGUAUUUCUUUUACAAGGACUCGACACGUUAUUCCAAGUCGCCCUCGCUCUAUUGAUGCUUUGUAAAAAAGAGUUAUUACAACUAGAUUUUGAGAGCAUAUUAAAAUACUUCCGGGUGCACUUACCGAAACGGUGCCGAAACGAAGAAGUCGCACGUUAUGUUAUGAAGUUAGCUUGUUCAGUGACGUUGAAGAAAUUGAAGAAAUACGAAGCAGAAUUUAUGACGUUGAAAGAGGCACAAGAAAAUGCUGACGAAUACAGUAACGAGGUGGAGCAGCUACGUGGUACAGUGGCCAGAAAUGAAGAAGAGAAGCAAAGAUUGGAGGUAGAGCUUCUGCAGAUCAAAGAGAUGCUACAGCGUGAAGUAGCUCGGGCAGAUGCUGAAAGCCGCAGAAGCAGCGUUAUUAUAGCCGAGUAUAAGCAGAUCUGCCAACGUUUGGAGGACGAUUACAAUGCUGCGAAGACAACAUUGAGCGAGCUACGGGCGAAGGUCUCGAAAUGCGAAAAAUGUAGGACAUGCAUAAUGGAUUCGUCGAACAUAUUGGCAGAUAUCGCGCACCCCUUGGAGAACCGAAUAGAUCCCAUGCUUCACAGGGUGCAGGAAAGGGUGCGCGAGCUGGAAUUGGAGUUGGCGCAGACCAAGUUGGCGCACGUCGAGGCCGAGUGCCGGAAUCAGGAUCUGACGCAUCAGUUGCACGCCACUGCUUCCGAGCUGCAAGCCGCGCGGAACAGUUGGCCGUGGCUCAGCAAAACCUUGUCUAGUAUAAAGGAAGCGGCGAACAAGAGAGAAGUGAUGACCCCGACCGUGCUGAGAGAUCUGAGACGCGACAGCGCGCCUGGGGGCGAUCUGCACCAUCUAUUACACUCUCGUAGCCGCGAAACGCGCGACAGUCUCAAGGAAGUUGUGUGAUGCAACAAAAUGCUAUUGGGAGGAGGAGGAAACGUACAUCUCGGAGCCAUGUGUCGGGCACGAAUAUGUGAACAUGAUGUAUGUUCGUAGUUACAUAUAACGUACGAUUUGAUCUGGUAACUCAAUGUAUUCUUUGUCACGCUCCCCCAUUCGUAUCGCACAUCAAGUGCUUCUGAUCAGGCAGCCCCAUUUACACAACAGCUGAUAUUACACUGAAAUUUUUCGUUAUGAUCCCGUUACGUUUUAAAAGUAGAUUCCUUUCUGUGAUUUUUCUUCUUUUUCUUUCUACGCCCCAAGUCUAAAUGCUACUGUUAACAGCGAUCUUAUUUGUUUGUAAGGUUAAUAUUUUCUACGUUUAUUUCUCUUCUUCCUUUUAUUCGGCGUAUACCGAUAUAUGCAGCGUGAACGCAAUGCUGUGUUCGAUAUAAAAAUUUACAUAACGCCACGCGGGUUAGUAAGGAUGAACACUCUAUCGAAAAGGAAUCACGUUACGUACACAAAUACGGUAAAUUAUUUACAAUAAUAGGAAAUAAAAGUAAGUAUACAUGCUGCAUUUUGUAUGAAACUAGUCUAAGCGUGAAAGGGAGAAAAUGCUAUAGACUUCUAUCUGUACAUACAGUAACUUUCGAGUAACAAUAGUCAUGACAAUUCUAUUGAACAAACGCGCGAUUAUGGAAAUCAGAAUGAUAUUGUAAGGUAGAGGUAAUUAUUUCAUUUACUUUCCUAGUAAUUGUUAUUUUAUUAUCUGAUUUUGCCUGGAUUAACAUUCCAAAAUAGCGUGAAUGCGUUUUCUUCCACGUGUCCUUAUUGUUAAGCUACUCUGCAACAAUUUCAAUUCAUCUGGCGUAAUUAUAUACGUAUGUAUAGUUUUGGCAAUUCUACUGACACCAUAUUCCAACAAUUCUACUAACCCACAUAUAGCGUUAGGUUUCAUAUUAAAAGCUUUCACUAUCUUAGUUUUAUAUGUACUUUUGUCGCCGAUAAUAAGGUAUAUUUUUAUUUUCAUGGGACAUUAAUCAUAAAAAUGUAGCAGAAUAGAUGGUGUAAAUUAUACGGUAGGUGCGAGAUAUUUAUAGUCCCAUUUAGUUACACAAUUUGCACUUUGUUUUGAUAAAAUUUGUAGUAAAACAAACGUUACUAAAAGCCAUAGAUGAUGGUAUUAAGGCACUACUUAAAAAUGCAAUUCCAUUGAUGUGUAAUUUCGUCUAGUAUUAUAAGUGUUUCAACAAUAAAUUUGCUAUAUACUUGUAGUACAUGACCUCUUGUACACACCUCGACUAUCAAACUUAGCUUCGUAAGUCGUGCCAUUUACUUACAUGUAUGAUAUAUUUAUUUAUACAGAUUUACAAGGAAGAAUUCAAAGAUCACAACUGUUGUGCAAAGAAUAUUAAAACUAUAUACAUAUAUAUGUAUAUAUGUAUAAAGUUGCAAGCAUACUUGUGCCAUUGUGUACAAUAAAAUUUGUUGAAAGAAUCGAUGCAUGUUUUUUUAUUUCAUUUUUUUAUUAAGUUCAAUUUAUUAAAAUUAUUAACAAGUAAUAUGUACACGAUUUCAAGCAAAGUUUAUGGUCACGUUUGACUUAUGCUCUAACGAAUAACCGCUUGUAUUGGGAAAUGGAAGACUUUAUUUCUGUAAAUACUGAAACCAACAGUCGAAAUCGUCUAACAGAAUCAUGUAAAGUCUUAGGCUACAUAUAAACCAUUGUAUACCCUGUAAUUUCAUUCCAAUGAAAUAAAGAAAGAUAUCACGUUUCCAUGUAAAA